CGCCCACAGCGCUGCCGCCGACAAAGAAAGAGAAACUGACCCUCCACUGCUGAGUCUGGACCCUAGCGGACGAUGGCUGCCUCUAGUGGAUCAAGUGAGGUGGCCAAGCUCCAGCAGCACCUGGACCUACUGAGGGAUCAGUACGUGAAGCUACAGCAGAAACAUGCAGAGUUGGAGCAGAAGUACACUCGCGCCAUCGCUGCGUCGGGGAACGCAGGGAGUGACCACUUUGUGUCUCGCCUCCUGAAGGUCGUGUCCGAUCUCUUUGACAAACCUCUUUACAGUGACCUCACCAUAAUGCUGUCGGACAGAACUCUGUGUGGACACAAGUUUAUCCUGGUGGCCCGCAGUCGCCACUGGAGCACCAAUGACGAAACUCUCUCGUCCACCUCCCAGCUGGACCUCUCCAACAUGACCCCGUUUGUGGCCGUGGGGCUCGUUCGCUGGGUGUACACUGAUGUCAUGGUCCUGCCCACCGACCAGGACGCUGUCAUUGAGCUCCUGGCUGCCAGCAACCGCUACCAGCUCACACCACUCAAAGAAAAGUGUGAGCAGAGUCUGAUCUCCACGGUGAACGUUCGUAACUGCAUCAAGCUGUACCAGACCUCCGAGGAACAUGCAGCAGAGAGCCUCAAGACAUACUGUCUACAGAUCAUCUCCAGCCACUGGAACAAUCUGAACACGAGGGACUUUGCAGACCUGAGUGCCCCACUGCUGUACGACAUGUUCAAGGCCCGCACAGAGUACCCUCUCCACCUGGCCAUCCAGCACCUUCGCGAGGAUGUGGUGUUCCUCUUCCUCAUCGAGUACAAUUCUCAGCUUCCCCACCGACUCAACGAAUGUGACAACGAGGGGAACAUCCCCCUCAACCUGGCUCUCCUGAACCGCCACGACGGUAUCGCCACCACGCUGGUGAGCCACAAGUGUGACUUGGACAGCGUGGACGCCGAGGGAAACAGUCUGCUGCACCUGGCCAUCCUGAGAGGGGACUCGUUUGCGGCCUUGUUUCUCAUCAAGAAUGGCUGCAACACGACACUCUCUCGCCACUCUACACAUGAGACUCCACUUCACCUGGUGUCUUCCUACAACCCUUCCCGGGCUCUGGCGAAUGUGUCAACAGCCAGUGUGAGUAAGGCACCCUGGCCCAGUGACAGCAUGGUCCAUAUUGCCAGCCAACUGCUGGAGUUCAAGGCUGACCCGAACGCCAGAGACUGUGACGGCUGCACUGCCCUGCACAGGGCCAUACAGUGUGGCAACGCCGAAGUCUUCAAUGUACUGCUCUCUAAUGACAGUCUGGACCUUGACCUCUGCAACAAUGCCGGCGACAGUGCCCUGUGGCUGGCACUGUCCAAGCUGGACUCCGCCUACUUCACGUCCGACGACAUCACACAGUACAACAACUCCUUCCCUGCCAAGCUCAUAACGAGGGGGGCAAACCCCGAUGCCCUCGACUCCCGCACGGGGAACAUUCUGCUCCACCGUGCAGCCCUCGAAUCCAACGAGGCCGCAGCUAUCUUCCUAGUGCACCGUGGAGCCCAGCUCAACCCCAAGAAUGGGGAAGGAGAGGCCCCUAUCCAUAUUGCCGCCAGGAAUGGUCUCCACAGCCUGGUUGAAGUACUGCUGCAACACGGAGCAGACCCCAAUCAGCAGACCUCCCUGAGAGCUCCUCCUAGCCCUGUCUCUCCUGUACCAUCUGCCGCGGCCGCAGCCACUCCCCUAGCUGCCGUCCCUGAGCCCUUCCGGAAGAGAUCCGAGUCACCCCGCUCCCUCCCUCCUUCCUCUCUCCCACACCCUCCACACUCCUCGUCCUCCUCUCACCCCUCCUCCAACACCACACCCUCCCCACACUCCCCCUUCUCCUCCUCCCAGCAACCAGCCUUUGGAGUUGGAGGAGGAGUUGGUGGAGGGAUGAUGGAUUUUGACCUCACCUCAUCGUCUGCCAUGUCGUCAGCAGCUCUAGGAGCUCUGUCUGCGCUCUCAGCCACUUCGCAGGCUCUCUCUGGACUACAGGGGUUUGGAGGAUAUGAUGGAGGUGGUGGUGGUGGAUAUGGUGUAACUGGAGGAGGGAGUGGGUACAGUGUGGUGGGAGGAGGAGGGAGAGAGUUCAGUGGUGGCCAGGGACGACAAACUACCAGAGGUGCCAGCAAGAGCCCUGUCCUGGGCAGGACCGACAAACAGGGCAUCAAUCCAUUUGGUGCAGACUCAGAGGGAGAGGAGGAGGAGGAGGAGGAGGAGAGAGGGGGUGAGGGAAGACUGACCUCUGGCUACAGAGUGAGUCCUCUCAGUCGGCCGUCUCCUGUGAGGACCACCACCACCACCACCACCAGCGGAGAGAGGGGCUCCAGCAGUCGAGAUGACAGCCCCAGGAUACAGAGAGCUCGUGGACUGCAGAGUCAGCAGUACCAGGCCCCACCCACCGUCACCUCUCCCCACUCCUCCCACCCUCCCACCCUCUCCAAUCUCCGCCCUCCCUCCCCCACCUCUCCCCUCGGGAGCGAAGCCAGGGAGUUCAUUGAACCCUGCGUCGAGUUUGACCCGACCUCUGACCUCGGGGGUCGUACGGCCCUCCACCUGGCCAUAGCUCAUCGGUUCUCUCGUGUCGUAAACAUCCUUCUCUCUCACACUGACGGUGGCAGUAGUGGUAAACUGCAGGUAGGACUGGACCUGAAUGUGAGAGAUGGUCUGGAGGAGACGGCCCUGGGGCUGGCCAUCUGGACGGAGCAGUUUGACACAGCUGAGAGGCUCCUGCAGAUGGGGGCAGAGCUGGAGGCCGGAGGCGGGAGGGAGGAGGAGGAGGAGGAAGAGAGGGGAGGAGAGCCAGGGCUCCUGUACGUGGCCAUUGUCAGGGAGAAGCCGCGAGCUUGUCUCUUUCUUUUGGAUCACGGAGCAGACUUCAAGACCAGGACGGCAGAGGAAGAGACGCUCCUCCUCCUGGCCAUACGACACCAGCUACACCAGGUGGUGGAGCGGCUGUGUGCCAUGGGGGCCGACCUCUCCGUCAGCGACCGCAGGGGCAACAGCCCUCUCUGGGUGGCCCUCCGCAGUCGGCAGGAGACUUCUGCAGAGAAAUUGGUGGUCCAUGGAUGUGACCCCAACGCCUGGCACCGUGGCAGCGAUGGAGUCCAACUGACGCUCCUCCACAGAGCCAUUCUCCUCCACGACACGGCCUCUGCCUGCUUCCUGGUGAAGAAUGGAGCCGACGUCAACAGCGCCACGAGGCCAGGGUCGGGAGGAGGGGCUUUUUACCCUCCUCUUCAUCUCGCCUGUGAACGAGGAAUGACGGACGUAGUUCAGUGUCUCCUGGAGCACCAUGCCAACGUCAAUGCCGCCGUGAGAACGUUGUAACAUACAUCACUACAACAUGUGCACUCAUGUAUGUAUGUAUGUAUAAUACCUAUGACAGAGUGUUUCUGUUGCCUGCUGUGUGUAUGGUACGCAGGACUCUUCAGGGCACACAGGACUGCACGUGUCCAUCAAGACAAAGAACACCAUGUGUUCCCACCUCCUCCUAGCCCACACGUCCCUCGACCUCACCGUCAGGAACAAGGCUGGCUCCACUGCCUUUGCCUCGGCUCUCGAGGCCAAGGACAACGAGAUAGGGAAGGCCAUCCUACAGAGAGAGCCCAGUGCUGCAGAACAGAUCGACAGUAAAGGGCAGAAUUUCCUCCACCUAGCUAUACUCAAACAGGACGUGGAGGCAGUCAUAUUCCUCCUCAGUGUGAAGGUGGACGUAAACUCCAAGGUCAAGAACCCCACCCUCAACACUGCCCUCCACUAUGCCAUCAAGGGAGGCUCCGAGAUUCUCGUUAGACACCUUUUGUUGGCAGAAGCGAGGGUGGAUGAUGUUGACAACCAUCAGCGAAGUGUCCUCCACAUGGCAGUGGAGGGAGAGUUCAGUAAUGUCGUGUCUGUACUCCUGGAGAACGGAGCUGAUCCCGACCGGGCUGACGAGGAGGGAAACACUGCUCUCCACACUGCGUUCCAAGUGGGCCACAUGGGCUGUGCACAGAUACUCCUGCAGGACUCGGAGGCUAAUCUGGGAGCUGUCAACAACAGAGGAGAGAACUGCCUCCAUGUGUUGGCUCGCUACUCAAAGGAGAAUGCCCCUGUCAUUUUCUCGCUGCUAAUGCAAACAGCUCCGGGGUUCCCCAUCGAUGUCCAGGACAGAGACGGAAACACUGCACUGCUACUGGCCUACAUUGCUGGCAACACCGGUCUCUGUGAUGCCCUCAUCAGGGCAGGGGCUCACCCAGGUAUCGCCAACAAGCAGAGCGUCAGCAUCUUUUCGGCACCGAUUGCCACGAAGCAACUAAUGUUCCGAAUUCUGGACCAGAUCUCGAAGGAACCGGUGUGGUUGGAGGGCAACUUCUGUCAGAACUGCAGCAUGAAGUUCAGCAUCUCUCACAGGAAGCACCACUGUCGUCACUGUGGCAGGCUGCUAUGCAAGCAGUGUUCAUCUCGCCAGAUGCCAAUUCUCAAAAUUCGACCUGAGCAAGGCUGUUCGUGUGUGUGAAGUGUGCUCUGACUCUUUUUCCAUUGCAGCCUCACGUUGACUGACACACACACACACACACACACACACGUACACACUGCAAGCUAUAGACAAGCCUAUAGUUUCUUAUCUCUGUAUUGUGGACCGUUAUGAAAUGUGUACUUCAUCUUCAUGGUGGUUUUGAACGUCUUGGAUUUUUGUGGUUUCUGUGGCAUGACAAAAACUUAAUGACUCGUUAUUGUGUAUGUAGCAUAUCCACUUCAACCCCAUUUUUAUUGUAUAUACAAGUACAUUCAUGUAUGUUCAUGCGUAGACAUGUGGUGAAUACUAUAAUAAGAGAAACAUAUUGCAGGAGCUGUGUAUGUAGUUUCAAUGUUGGAAUAUAUAUAUAGCAAUGGACGUUGCAUGCUCUUGGGAUCUCUGGAGUCACAAUAAACUCAACCUCCAAUGGUUUUCAGUGUAGAUUGUGUCCUCACAAACAGCAGUAAACAGCAGUCAAUAUCAACACUGAAACUUUGCAUCCUGCACCACUGGGUCCAGUGGAAAAAUAUUAACCACAUAAAAUACGCAAUUUCAAUGAGAAUGUCGAGAGAAAGGGUCAAGAGUUUUUAGAAUUGUGCAGAGCUCCGAGAGCUCGAGUAAAGUCCUCGUGGAGCUCAAAGACACUCUUGUUGGAGUCCAGAGGAGCGGCCGAGACCUGCCGUGGUCGGGCAGUUGAGGCACUCACGGUUGACGAUGUCUUACCCAGUACCUCGAACCCUUUUGCGUGGGAUGCCAGUUGCUGCGAGGAGGAAGAGGGGGAAGAAGAGAUGGCAGUGUCGGAGGAGGUAGCGGUGGCCAAAAGAGGAGGUGGGAGGUUUCUGGGAAGCUCUGUGUCACUCAGUGGGGAGUUGGGGAGGGUGGUGGGUUGGAGGAUGCAAGUUCUGUCGAGAGUGGCCGCGGGGGACAGAGGUCGGGAAGGGUUCAGUCGCGGUGGGAGUGUGUACGGACUGGAGAAUGCUCCCGGGGUGGCCUGGACCAUCUGUCUCACAGUGGGUGGGGAGGAUGGUGCCAGACUGGUAUCGCGGUAAGAGUGGUCCUCCCCACUGCCCAGACCGGUCCGUGCGUGGUUUUCAUCUUUUAGGGUAUGGGGAAGGAGUGACGGCUCUUCACUGACGUCCACCAGUAUACCGUUCUCAAUUCUAGCAGUGGCACCAAGUUCUCUUUAUCUGCAAAGGAUGCACUGAGGGACGGAGCUGUCUCUGUUGGGGCGCCAAUUUAUAGUUGGAGGAACAAAAUGGAAGUGACUCAUGAACGAAGCUGCAGACUAUGCGCCAGCUUACUGAGAGUGAGAAGGUUAACCAGGCAUUGAAGCUCGUCACGAUUUGCUACUUUCCCCCUGUACUCGUAGCUGGCGCAUCGUGUGAUUUUUUCCUUCUCGCCGACUUGACCUUGCCCAUCUGCCCUCCUGAUCCUUUACACGAAGGCAUUAUCCUCGUCGUUCUUUCUUGUUUUCGGCCGUUUCAUGAAAGGACACUUGUACGCUGCACGCCUCGAGGACUAUGAGCCCCAGCGGUUCCUUGUCCUGCUUCUUCUCGAAGUAGAAAAG